UCUCUAAAUAUAUAAUUUAUAUUUUUGUGGAAGGACUAAAGUUGUUCGAUCAAGAAAGCAAAAUGCCUCGAGUAAUUACGAUAUUACUCAUCACUUCAAUCUUCAUCAUAACAGUUUAUUCAGAAGAUGUACUAAAAUGCUACAUGUGCACCUCAUUAUCAAACGAAGGUUGUGGUUCCGAUAUGACAAUGAAUUCAUUACAACCAGUGGAAUGUACUGGUAAUAAGAUAGUGGAAUGGCAACGAAGCAUCCAACAGCACAAAAUCCUCAGCCCAGUUGCACGGCUUUUCGAAGUUGAUGACAUGUUACAACAACAUUAUCAAGGUUCUCCAAAAGAUACAGCUUGCGCUAAAAUGGUCAUGAAUAUCGCAAAACGAGAUAUUAUUAUAAGAACGUGCCAAACAGCUAAAACCGAACUUAUUGAUCCAUGUAAAACAAUGGCAGACAAACUAAGCGGCAAUUUGAUAGGCAAAAUGGAGCAAUGCGCACUUUGUCAUAAAGACGCCUGUAAUGGUACGACGUCCAUAUCUUCCAAAAUAUUGUAUACUUUUCUGUCAUUCAUUAGCACUAUCAUUGCUUUUUACCAUUAGGUAUAAUUUGCAUUAUUUUAUACGCUAUAAAAAGACUUACUAUAUAAUGAGUAAUAUAUAUAAUCAAUAAUCAU